AUGGCCGAUCAGAAGACCCAACCAACCUUCGUGGUGGAACACUUGGAUCCCGAGCUGGGCCCGUGGUCCACGCUGGAAUAUGCCUGCAUUGCACGCGAAUCCCAUGCCCGCGGGGCAAGAUUCUUGCUCAGCUCGGUGCCCGCAGAACUGCAGAUGCCCGCUGAUCUGGCCGCUACCAAGGGCCUCGAGGUUGAGCAGCGUAGCGUUGAGGAUAUCUUCGCCGACCGCAAGGAGAAGGUCUGCCUGCUAGACCCGUCCGCUACGGUCGAGUUGAGCCCCGAGGACGGAGAUACUUUUGAGGUCUUCUUGUUUGGUGGUAUUCUCGGUGAUGACCCGCCGAGAGAUCGCACCUCGGAAUUGAGAAAGAAGGGUUAUGUCGGCCGCCGAUUGGGGCCCAAGCAGAUGACUACCGAUACUGCUGUGCGAGUCACUCGCCUGGUUGUUCACGAAAAGGUGCCUCUCGAGGAAAUUCAAUAUGUCGACUACCCGGAAUUGCUCAUCAAUGAACACGAGCGCACCGAAAUGCCUUUCCGUUAUGUCAAAGAUGCCAAUGAGCAGCCCAUUAUGCCCGAUGGGAUGGUGGAUCUCAUUAAGAAAGAUGCCGACAAGUCCCUGGAUGAUCUUUUCUAA